AUGUCUCUCAAACGUAAAGCCGUCGACCUUGCCGCGGACGCAGCAAAGAAGCCCAAAGCCGAAAAGGCCAUAACAUCCUUCUUCACCCAACCCAAACCCAAACCCGCUUCAUCAAACCCAGAGGCAGAGAUCAAGCCGACCACCUUUGACAAGACUGCCUGGCUAUCCAAACUCACCCCGGAGCAAACGGACCUCCUCCAACUCGAGAUCAACACUCUCCAUGACUCCUGGCUAGCAGCCCUGCACAACGAACUAACCACCCCAGACUUCCUCUCCCUCAAACGCUUCCUGGCCGCGGAAAAAGAAAAAGGAUCCAAAGUCUUCCCGCCCCCCGAAGACAUCUACUCCUGGUCCCGCCACACGCCCCUCCCCAAUGUCAAAGCCGUCAUCCUCGGCCAAGACCCCUACCACAACAUAAACCAAGCCCACGGCCUCUGCUUUUCCGUCCGCCCACCCACGCCCGCCCCACCAAGUCUAAAGAACAUCUACACGGCAAUCAAAAAAGACUACCCAGACUUCAAACCCCCACCCAAAAACGGUGGACUCCUAACCCCAUGGGCUGACCGCGGCGUCCUAAUGCUCAACACCUGCCUCACGGUCCGCGCGCACGAAGCAAACAGCCACAGCAAGAAAGGCUGGGAGAAAUUUACGCAGAAGGUCAUCGAUACCGUGGCCGCGAAACGGACGAGUGGAGUCGUAUUCCUGGCUUGGGGGAAACCGGCUCAGGAUAGGUGUGCGAAGAUUAAUGGGACGAAACAUUUGGUGUUGAAGAGUGUGCAUCCCAGUCCGCUGAGUGCGGCGAGAGGGUGGUUCGAGUGUGGGCAUUUUCGGAAGGCGAAUGAGUGGUUGGAGGGGCGGUAUGGGAAGGAGGGGGUGAUUAAUUGGGAUUUGGAUGUUAAGCCGGAGGAGGUGGGUGUGUGA